AUGCCUAUCAUGCUGAACAAUAACGAUGUCAUUCUUUUUUCAGCAUUUACGCUGAAAACCAAACGGGCGCAUAUCAUCGCCUUAAAGCGAUAUCUUUCACAACACAACAUACCUUACAUUGUUUUCCACCCUCCUCCUCCUCGCCGGCCAUUUCGUUGGCGUCCCAAACCAACGGCGGCCGACAUCCCACCACUCGAUGAUCUCAUGGACAUCGAUAAGCCUUUUGAGCUUGAGGUGGUGAGAUACCCACUAGCCCCGGGUGACAACAGGUACCUGCUGGGGGAAAUGGAGCGUUUGCAAGGAACCCUUAUGGACUGGUGUGUCUUUUCUGAGGAGAUGGAAAUCUUUCCGUAUUCUCCACCUCGUUCUUCUCGUUUCUUGCCUUUGGCGGAAGCCGAUACCCCUUCUGUUCCUUUUGUUCGGCCCUCUGCCGCAUUGGCAGCCCCUCCCGCUCCUUUCGAUCUCGGUGACCCGAGCAGCCUCUAUGGCUGCUGUAUAUCAAUACCGACGUCCCCAUUCGCUGAGAGGGGGGAGGAGAACCUCCAGCCGUCGCUAGAGCAAAUUGGCGAAGAAGAGUUUGAUCGCUUCUUGGCCGGUCGCUCCCGCGAAGCUCUUAGUAGCUUGUUGAUGGCCCUAACAAGACAGCGAUGUAAAUUACUGUAG